AUGCUUGACCACGUCUCCAUCUUCAGCCAGAGCGGUACCGUUCUCUGGUCGCGCUCCCUCUGCCAGCUGCGCGGCAACCCUGUGGACGAGCUCGUCAAGACCGUGCUCCUUGAGGAGCGCACGGGCCGCAAGGAGCUCAACUACGAUGCGUACCAGAUGCGCUGGACGCUUGAGAACAAGCUCAACCUCGUGCUCGUCGUCGUCUACCAGAAGGUGCUGCAGCUUCUCUACGUCGACGAGCUCCUCGAGCGCCUGAAGCAAGAGGUCGUCGCCAGCUUCAUGGACGAAAUCCGUGCGCGUGCGCCGAUUGCCUUUGACGAAGCCUUUGACCGGAUCCUCCGCGACGUCGAGACGAACUACAUGAAAGGCAAGCGCGCCAAUACUGCAACGACCAGUACGCGCGCUCUGCCGACGAGCAAGAAGAAUGGCGCUGCCAGAGCCGAUGCGAGCUCCGACCCAGCCGACAAGGUCGAUCCAUCCCUCGCAACGUGCCAAACCUCACAUCUACGACAGGAAAAGGACGACAGCGAAGGUGUGACGUCGUCGGCCGACGAGCUUGAUCGCCUGAAGCACGACAUGGCGUUCCUCGCGUCGUCCAAGUCGACCAAGACCAUGCGCACGGGCCCGCGCCCAUCCAAGUUCAAGAAGAACGUGGACAAGCCCGCCGACGAUAAAGGCAAGGGAACCAAGAAGCCCGCGCUUUCGUACACGAUCAAGGACAAGAUUUCGGCCAAGGACAUGGCCAAGCUCGAUCAAUCCAAGCCGGUCACGGCCGACGACGAGCAGGCGAUGCUCGAUACCAAGCGGCGCGAAAACAUUGGGGCCGACACCAUGUCGGACGACGAGAACGAGAGCGAGUCGGAGCAGUCGGGCACGGACGGCAGCUCGGGCUGGAGCUUUGGCCAGACGCGCCUCGGUGACUUUCUGCAGAAAGUGUCGGGCAACAAGAUGCUGACGCGCGAAGACCUGGCGCCUGUCUUGGACCAAUUCCGCCAAACGCUUAUUGCCAAGAACGUGGCGACCGAAGUCGCCGAAGAGCUUUGUGAGUCGGUCAUGACGACGAUGAUCGGGAAGCGCCUCGAGAGCUUUACACGGAUCCAAACCGUGGUGCAGAAGGCGCUCGAAACGGCCUUGCUGCGCAUCUUGACACCGAAAAAGUCGACGGACGUCUUGCGCGAAGUGCUUGCGGCGCGCGAGGCAGGGCGCUGCUACUCGAUUGUGUUUGUCGGUGUCAACGGCGUCGGCAAAUCGACGAGCCUCUCGAAAGUGUGCUACUACCUCAAGUCGCGUGGCGUCAAGGUGAUGAUUGCGGCCUGCGAUACGUUCCGGUCGGGCGCGGUCGAGCAGCUCAACCAGCACUGCAAGGUGCUCGACGUGCCGCUCUUUGAGCGUGGGUACGCCAAGGAUCCGGCCGCCGUCGCGCGCGAUGCGGUGGCAUACGGCAACGAAAAUGGCUUUGACUGCGUCCUUAUCGACACGGCGGGUCGAAUGCAGAACAACGAGCCGCUCAUGCGCGCGCUCGCCAAGCUCGUGUCCGUCAACAACCCCGACCUUGUGCUCUUCGUCGGCGAGGCGCUUGUCGGCAACGACGGCAUUGACCAGCUCUCGCUCUUUGAUCGCGCGCUCGUCGACUACUCGGACCGCCAGGAUCCGCGCCGCGUCGACGGUAUCGUCAUCACCAAGUUUGACACGAUCGAUGACAAGGUCGGUGCGGCUGUCUCGAUGGUCUACAAGACGGGCCAGCCCAUCAUGUUUGUCGGACGGGCCAAAAGUACACGAACCUCACCAAGCUCAACAUCAAGACCGUCAUGCGCAGUCUCCUCAGCUAA